UUGUAGUCCAGAGUGACGUUAUUUCAUUUGGAAGCUAACUGCCACUUUGAAUAAAGAUGGCUGGAGAAGCGCGAGAAUUCCCCCGUGUAAAGGCAGUGAGAGCCUAUACAAUAGCGGCCUCUACGGGGGACCAAGGAUCCGACUGUCAUGACGUCAUAGACACUCAUUGGAUAAACGGAGGUCUGGCACCGAUCGCCAACCCCAUGUCAGGAUACCUUCAAUACAGAGCUUUCAGGAAAUCUUGGGGGAUCAACGCACUUGGGACUUUGGUUGUUGAAGUUGAGGCUGACGAUGGAACUACGGGCGUUGGCGUCACCAUCGGUGGAAAACCUGGAUGUUACAUUGUUGAGCAGCAUCUGAGUAGGUUUGUGGAGGGUCAGGAUCCUCGUGAUGUGGAACUCAUGUGGGAUCAGAUGUUCCGAGCUACACUGAACUAUGGACGGAAGGGGUUGCCCAUACAGGCUAUAAGCGCCGUGGACUUAGCUCUGUGGGAUCUUCUUGGCCGCUUGCGGAAUGAGCCAGUGUACGCCUUGCUUGGCGGGAAAACUAAAGAUCGUCUGCCAGUCUACUCAACAACUGGUCGUCCGGAUCUCGCCAAGGAAUUUGGUUUUGUUGGAGCAAAAGUUGCAUGUCCAUACGGCCCUGAUGAGGGUGAUGAAGGGUUGAGGAAGAACGUCGAAUUCUUCAAAGGAUGGCGAGAGAAAGUUGGACCCGAAUUCCCACUGUCCCUGGACUGUUACAUGGCGUUGACCGUCCCAUAUGCUAUUCGUCUAGCAAAGGAACUAGAGCCAUAUGGUCUAAAGUGGAUGGAAGAAUAUCUGCCUCCAGACGAUUAUGAAGGCUACAGUGAGGUAAGGAAGGCGCUGAGAGGUUCAAAGGUUCUUCUAACGACUGGAGAACACGAAUAUACAAGGUAUGGAUUCAGGCAACUUCUGAGUUCAAGGUGUGUCGAUGUUAUUCAACCAGACAUCACAUGGCUUGGAGGUAUUACAGAAGCCAGGAGGGUGGUUGCCAUGGCGUCAGCACACGAUAUCUUGGUCAUUCCGCACGGUUCCAGUGUCUACUCGUAUCAUCUUCAGUAUGCCUUCAGGAACUGUCCACUGGCAGAAUUCAUCAAUCUGAGUCCGAAAGCUGACAAGAUUACACCCUAUUUUGGAGAGAUAUUUCCAGAUGAACCUUUACCUAAAGAUGGCUUCAUUGACCUACCACCAAGAGCUGGAUUUGGUGUGACAUUAUGUAAGGACAAUCUUACCAGACCGUACGGGAGGUCAGAGAAUGAGUCUUUCCAACAGGCAAAGGAGAACAUUGGGAGAGAAGUACCACAGAAGGCCUCUUUUCCAUUUUAGAUUGGCAGCUGAAUUCACGAGUUGAAUGGGUGUCAGCACCUUAGCCGGAUACUUUCUGAAAUACUAAUGAAUUGUUCAGAACUAUGGGAUCUAUCAUAAUAUAGAAUGAAACAAACUACAGCUUCUAAAAUUGCACUUAAAGACUUCAUAAAAUACAUGUAAAGAAAUGGCAUAUGUAGUCUUAUGUUGCAGCAUAUGUAUCAGUUGAGACAGCAGAAAUAUCUUCACGUGUAAUUAAUCAAUGCCACAACUUGUAAUCAGUAAAUUUAUGAGUUUGAACACUUUAUGAUUGUCCAUGAGAACGUUUUUUCACACCUUCAAACUAUGGCUAUAACUAUAAUUCAGCAGACCUGUAGUGAUUAAUUGUAAGAAUAUUGGUGCUUGCUGUUGGGCUUGAUAGCCUAGUUUAUUGUAUGUCAUCAUAUUCCAAUUCUGGGGAUGCUCAUAUGACAUCUAUCACUUGAUUGUCUGGUCCAUAUUGUUACAUACCACCCUCAUAUAGUGGGAAUCUUGUGCUUUGCAGUGUAAACAAGAAACAAAUAAAAGUAUCGUCCAUACUACA